GCACCUGUUGUGCCGUCAGUUGCCACUCGCCAAAAACCCAACCCCGUCCGCGCAGCGAUAUUUUAUCUCAGUCUACGAGUUAUGACUCUUGACUCCGCCAGACAACAGAUCUCGUCUCAGUGGUGCGGAUACUUUUCUCCUGUUGGACUGUAUCAGGUUGCUGGACUUCCUCACAGGCUGUCUGUGUGAGCGCUUUGGGUCUAAUGCGUAAAGAUCUGCUGGGAUUUCUAUGACGGGGAGUAGAAGGCACCCUGAGCGCGCAUUUGCACUGAAAUGCAUCUGUGUAUUUUUGAUCAUCCAGUACCUUAGAAGAAAUGCUUGCAUAAAGGCGAUUUUCCGGGAUUCAAUUGCUUAAAUUCUCUUCAGCACAAAUAUUCUAAGUUCGCCAGAGCCAACAGGUGCGCACUCGCGCUGCACAACAAGUUUUGAAGCCUUGGAGAGGUUUCAUUUUUCCUUAUCCUUAUUUUUGUUUUUAGAUAUGAAGAAUAACUUAUGAUAAAGACUAUGUGGAUUUUAGUCAUCGCUUAUUUUCUCCAAAUGUGUCCAAAACAGCAUUUGUUUCCCGUAAAUGACGCAUGUUUGUGGUGAUCCAGACCAGAGUCCAGCUUUGUGAUCGCCAACUUCCACUCAUCCAAAUGAUCCUUUCAUUAUUAAUCCUUCUUGCAUCGCUUCUCCAACAAUAUGGCACCGAAGCAGAGUCCAGUGAUGUCAGCAAGUUUCAACUUUCAAAUAUAAAGGAGCCAAACGGAGUGCAAGAAUCCAUUCAGGAAAAGGUCAUAACUGUGUCUGGAGAGGGAAUGAUCCACAGCCCAGACUUCCCACACACCUAUCCAAGGAACAGCAUGUUGGUCUGGAGACUGGUGGCAGCCAACAGCAUGAGGAUCCAGCUCACAUUUGAUGAGAGAUUUGGUCUGGAGGAUCCUGAAGAUGGAAUAUGCAAGUAUGACUAUGUGGAAAUAGAGGAUCCCACCGAGAAAACGAUCCAAGGUCGUUGGUGUGGGUCACAGUCUGCACCAAUAAGUCAAAAAUCUAGAGGCAGCCAAAUCAUUGUACGGUUCAUCUCAGAUGAAUACUUCUCCUCAGAGCCAGGAUUCUGCAUACACUACUCUGCGAUUCCUGAGAUUGUAUCAGAGCCAGAAGUCCCAGCAGUCCUCCCCCCAUCCCUGCAGGGUGUUGAGGAGCUGUCAGAGGCAGUGGCGGUGCUGAGCACAGUGGAGGAUGUCAUGAAGUAUCUGGAACCAGAACGAUGGCAGCUGGAUAUGGAUGAGUUGUAUAAACCCACAUGGCACGUGUUGGGCAAAUCUUUCCUCCUAAACAAGAAAGCAAGAGGAGCUGAUCUCAACCAGCUGAGGGAGGAAGUCCGACUUUACAGCUGUACUCCACGCAACUUCUCAGUGUCUUUGCGAGAGGAGCUGAAAAGGACAGAUGUAAUUUUCUGGCCCAGCUGCCUCCUUGUCAAACGCUGUGGUGGAAACUGUGCCUGCUGCUCUCAUCGCUGCUUUGACUGCCAGUGCAUGCCUGCCAAGGUUACAAAGAAAUACCACGAGGUUCUUCUGUUGAGACAUCGCAGUGGGACAAGAGGCCUGCAGAAGUCCAUCACGGAUGUGGCCUUGGAGCACCAUGAAGAAUGUUCCUGUGUCUGCAAAGAUGACUUGGACUGACCUCAGAUUUUGAUGAAAGCGGGCAACAGAAGCAUGCAGAAAAUUAGAAAUGAACUCCUGCCGUCUGUAUCCCAUCCACUUCCAGUGGGAAGCUAACGAGAUUGUUCUUUCAUUCUCUUGUACUUUCACUAAUUGGAUGAAGCAGAACAGACUAGAAUCUAAUAAGUCUUCUAAAUGGAUGUUACCAUUGGGGAAUAUAAAUGGUGUGCUCUAAGUAUAUGUUAGAAGAACAGAAAUUCACUGGAGCAGAUGUGGACUCUUACCAAAUGGACAUUCUUGCCUGAUCACCCAUAUAUAUAUAUAUAUAUUCUUUUUUUUAUUAUUAAAUAUUUCAGUGUGGACUGUUACAAUUAUGGAAGCAUCUUUAAAACCCCUAGCUUUGCUCUUUUUACCAUAUAGGCAGAGAGGAUUUAUUCUGACCAAUCGUUUUUUUUUUUUUUUUUGCCAAUCUUAAAUCUUUCAUAUAGGUUUAAUAUGCAGCAAAAUGCACUGCAUGAAACCACUUUGUUUGUAAAUAUGUAUUUUUUUUAAUCCAAAGAGAAGAUAUUGCGCUUUAUGAAUCAGUUGGACACUAUCAUGAAAAUGUCUGUUAUCCUUCUAAGCAAUAUAUUCUGCUUACCCAAGGAAAAUUUUGCAUUUAAUUGUAUUUUUUUUUUUUUUUAUGUUUGUUUGUAAUAAAUAUUUAUUUCUUUUUUAAUAAGGGGACUUAGGUCUUAAAUGCCUUGUUUGCUGAAUUUUUGCUGUACAGUAGAAUUAGUCUCCCUUUUCUAUUUGCAGUUUUAUUACUUGUUUUCAUUUGUUUCCUUUUUUUAUUUGAUCACCGAUUUAUUUAACUCUGCUUGUGAAACAGCUGUUUGUGUACUUUGUAUUACUGAACUUAACAAUAUAUUUUCAGUUUCUGCUUGAAUAUUAUGUUUUUUAUGGUCAAAAUGAAACCUUGACCAAAUGGAAAAGUCAUUCAAGAGCAGAUUUUUCAAGCAGAAGCAGACUUAUUGACAGCCUCUAAUGCAAAAUGAAUAUUUUAUAAUAAAUCUGAUUUUUAAAAAAGUA